UACAGUAGCAGCCAUGAUAGAAGACAAAGGACCAAGAGUGACAGACUACUUUGUUGUAGCUGGUCUCACUGACACAUCUACUCUUUUGGAUCAAGAAAUAAAUCGUUUAGAUACUAAGUCAACUGGACCUAAAGCUCCAAUUACAGACAUUGCCGUUAUUAUCAAAUCAGCUGGAGAAACAGUACCUGAAGGUUACACCUGUGUAGAAGCCACUCCAUCAGCUCUCCAAGCAAACUUGAACUAUGGAAGUCUGAAAAGCCCUGAACUUUUCCUCUGUUAUAAGAGAGGGAGAGAUAAACCACCCCUUACAGAUAUUGGAGUUCUAUAUGAAGGGAAAGAACGGCUUAUUCCAGGAUGUGAAGUGAUCCUAGCCACACCCUAUGGUCGCUGUGCCAAUGUCAACAAUAGUUCAACUACUUCACAAAGAAUCUUUAUCACUUAUCGAAGGGCUUCUCCAGUUCGACCCCAGAAUUCCUUGGCUGUAACUGAUAUCUGUGUUAUUGUAACCAGUAAAGGAGAAACUCCUCCUCAUACCUUCUGCAAAGUUGACAAAAACUUAAAUUGUGGAAUGUGGGGUUCCAGCGUGUUUCUGUGUUAUAAGAAGUCUGUACCUGCUUCAAAUGCAAUAGCAUAUAAGGCUGGUUUAAUUUUUAGAUAUCCAGAAGAGGACUAUGAGUCGUUUCCACUCUCGGAAUCAGAUGUACCUCUCUUCUGCCUUCCCAUGGGAGCUACUAUUGAGUGCUGGGAUCCUGAAACCAAAUAUCCACUUCCAGUUUUUUCAACUUUUGUCUUGACAGGUUCUUCAGCCAAAAAGGUAUAUGGAGCUGCCAUUCAGUUUUAUGAACCUUACUCUCGGGAACUUCUAUCAGAGAAACAGCUUAUGCAACUGGGCCUAUUGACGCCUGUGGAGAGAAAAAUGGUCUCCAAAUCCAUCAAUACAAACAAAUGCAUUUGUUUACUCUCACACUGGCCUUUUUUUGACGCUUUUAGGAAAUUUCUUAUGUUUAUCUACAAACUUUCUGUGUCUGGACCACAUCCUCUUCCCAUUGAAAAGCACAUUUCACAUUUUAUGCAAAACAUCCCUUUUCCUUCACCACAAAGACCGAGAAUCCUUGUCCAGCUGUCAGUCCAUGAUGCAUUAAUAUUAUCACAGCCAGUUUCUACACCUUUACCACUAAGUGGAGCCAACUUUAGCACCUUGCUAAUGAAUCUGGGUCCUGAGAAUUGUGCAACACUGCUGCUCUUUGUUUUACUUGAGAGUAAAAUUCUGCUGCAUUCUCUUAGGCCAGCUGUCUUGACUGGGGUAGCUGAAGCUGUUGUAGCUAUGAUCUUUCCAUUUCAGUGGCAGUGCCCAUAUAUUCCCCUUUGUCCUCUUUCACUGGCUGCAGUGCUUAGUGCACCUUUACCGUUUAUAGUUGGAGUUGACUCAAGGUAUUUUGAUCUUCAUGACCCACCACAAGAUGUUGUUUGCAUUGACUUGGAUACGAACAUGUUAUAUGUAUCAGAUGAAAAGAAGAACAUGAACUGGAAGCAACUUCCCAAAAAGCCAUGCAAAAAUCUACUUAGCACCUUAAAGAAAUUGUAUCCCCAGCUGUCUUCAGUUCACCGAAAAACUCAAGAAGGCUCAGCGAUUGACAUGACUCCAAUUGAAGCAGAUUUCUCCUGGCAAAAGAAGAUGACACAGCUUGAGAUGGAAAUUCAAGAGGCAUUUUUGCGCUUUAUGGCAUCUAUUUUAAAAGGAUAUAGAACAUUUCUCAGACCAAUCACAGAGGCUCCUUCAAAUAAAGCCACAGCUGCUGAUUCAUUGUUUGACCGACAGGGGUUUUUAAAAAGUCGAGAUCGUGCCUAUGCAAAAUUCUAUACCCUUUUAUCCAAAACACAGAUUUUUAUUCGUUUCAUUGAAGAAUGCAGUUUUGUAAGUGAUAAAGAUACUGGAUUAGCAUUUUUUGAUGAUUGCAUAGAAAAGUUGUUUCCUGAUAAAGGCACAGAGAAAUCAGAUAAGGUUGAUUUUGAUUCAGCAGAAGAUACCAGAUUAAUAGAACUGGAUGAUUCACAGAAAAGUGAGCAUACUGUAUUUAUAAUGCCACUAGAGCCACCUCCUGAUGAUGGAAAGGACCUGUCACCAAAGUACAGUUACAAAUACUUUCCAAGACUGGACCUUAAGCUUUUUGACAGACCGCAGGAGUUGAAACUUUGUUUUAGUAGACACCCUACUGGGAGUAGCAUUACAAAGAGUCCAGCUCUCAUGGCUAAGAGAACUAAACAGGAAAUAAAAACAGCUCAUAAAUUGGCGAAGAGAUGUUAUACAAAUCCAUCACAGUGGGCCAAGUGUCUGUUCAGUCAUUGUUACAGUUUAUGGUUUAUUUGUCUUCCGGCCUAUGUUAGGGUUUCUCAUCCUAAAGUCAGAGCACUUCAGCAGGCAUAUGAUGUACUUAUUAAGAUGAGGAAAACAGAUGUGGAUCCCUUAGAUGAGGUGUGCUAUCGAGUAGUGAUGCAGCUUUGUGGACUUUGGGGUCAUCCUAUUUUAGCAGUGAGAGUCUUAUUUGAAAUGAAAACUGCUAGGAUAAAGCCUAAUGCUAUUACUUAUGGUUAUUAUAAUAAGGUAGUUUUGGAGAGCCCGUGGCCUAGCAGUACCCGCAGUGGUAUCUUCUUAUGGACGAAGGUACGGAAUGUGGUACAUGGCUUGGCACAGUUUAGGCAGCCGCUUAAAAAGACUGUGCAAAGGUCACAGGUCUCCUCAAUAUCAGGUGGUCAGUCUGACCAAGGAUAUGGGUCUAAGGAUGAACUUAUAAAGGAUGAUGCAGAAAUUCAUGUGCCUGAAGAACAAGCAACAAGAGAAUUGAUAACUAAAACAAAAAUGCAAACAGAAGAGGUGUGUGAUGCCUCUGCUAUUGUGGCAAAACAUUCACAACCUAGUCCAGAGCCUCACAGUCCUACUGAAUCUCCUGCAUGGAGCAGCAGUAUUGUGAAAGUUCCGUCUGGUAUAUUUGAUAUCAACAGCAGGAAAAGUAGCACCGGUAGUAUAUCAAAUGUGCUGGUUUCUACUCAAGAUCCAGCUGAAGAUGCAGUCUUUGGCGAAGCUACUAAUCUCAAGAAGAAUGGUGAUAGAGGAGAAAAAAGACAAAAGCAUUUUCCUGAGAGAAGUUGUAGUUUUAGUUCUGAAAGUCGAGCAGGAAUGUUGCUUAAGAAGAGUAGUUUGGAUUCGAAUUCAAGUGAAAUGGCUAUCAUGAUGGGAGCAGAUGCUAAGAUUCUCACAGCAGCAUUGACAUGUCCUAAGACUUCUCCACUUCAUAUCGCAAGAACCCAUACCUUUGAGAAUGUUAGCUGUCACCUACCUGAUAGUAGGACUUGUGUGUCUGAAAGUACUUGGAAUCCUGAGUACAGAUCAUCUCCGGUGCCAGAGAUGCUUGAGGAAAGCCAAGAACUCCUUGAGCCUGUGACUGAUGAUAUACCUAAAACUACUGCAACAGAGGAUACAUAUGAGAGUCUACUAAGUGAUAGUAACAGUAAUCAGUCCAGAGACUUGAAAACAGGAUCCAGAGAUCUGAGGAAUAAGAGAAGUAGUUUAUAUGGUAUUGCUAAGGAGGUUGAGAGGGAAGAUGUUGAAACUGGACUAGAUCCUUUGUCUCUUUUAGCCACUGAAUGUUCAGGGGGAGAAACUCUUGAUUCUGAAGAUAAGUUGUUUUCUCCAGUUAUUGCACGUAAUCUGGCUGAUGAAAUAGAAAGCUAUAUGAACCUAAAAAGUCCCCUAGGUAGUAAAUCUUCUAGUAUGGAAUUACAUGGAGAGGAAAACAGAGAGUCUGGCAUGACUACUGCAUUUAUUCAUGCUCUAGAGAGGAGAUCAAGCCUACCUUUAGAUCAUGGUUCACCAGCACAGGAAAAUCCUGAAAGUGAGAAAAGCUCGCCUGCAGUGUCCAGGUCUAAAACUUUUACUGGGCGUUUCAAGCAGCAAACCCCCUCUCGAACUCAUAAAGAACGUUCAACUUCUUUGUCAGCACUGAUACGUUCUUCGCCACAUGGCUCGUUGGGUUCUGUAGUAAAUUCUUUGUCAGGACUAAAGCUGGAUAAUAUACUCUCAGGGCCCAAGAUAGAUGUCCUAAAAUCUGGUAUGAAACAAGCAGCGACUGUAGCCAGUAAGAUGUGGGUAGCUGUUGCAUCUGCCUACAGCUACUCAGAUGAUGAGGAGGAAACUAAUAGAGAUUACAGCUUCCCGGCUGGCCUAGAAGACCAUAUUUUGGGGGAGAAUAUAUCGCCUAACACAAGUAUCUCAGGAUUGGUCCCCAGUGAACUUACCCAGAGCAACACAAGCCUUGGCAGUAGCAGCAGUAGUGGAGAUGUAGGAAAACUGCAUUAUCCAACAGGUGAAGUUCCAUUUCCAAGAGGCAUGAAAGGGCAAGACUUUGAAAAAUCAGAUCAUGGUUCUUCUCAAAAUACCAGCAUGUCUAGCAUCUAUCAGAAUUGUGCAAUGGAGGUUUUGAUGUCCAGUUGUUCACAGUGUAGAGCUUGUGGAACUUUAGUUUAUGAUGAAGAAAUUAUGGCUGGAUGGACAGCAGAUGACUCAAAUUUGAAUACAGCUUGUCCAUUCUGUAAAAGCAACUUCUUGCCUCUUCUCAAUAUAGAAUUCAAAGAUUUGAGAGGUUCUGCAAGCUUUUUCCUGAAACCAAGUACCUCUGGUGACAGUUUACAAAGUGGAAGCAUUCCAUUGGCAAAUGAAUCCUUGGAGCACAAACCUGUAUCCAGUUUAGCAGAACCUGACUUGAUCAACUUUAUGGAUUCCCCAAAACAUAACCAGACCAUAACUGAAGAAACAGGCUCUGCUGUUGAACCAAGUGAUGAAAUAAAGAGAGCCAGUGGAGAUGUCCAAACUAUGAAAAUUUCAUCUGUGCCUAAUAGUUUAUCAAAGCGAAAUGUAUCUUUGACUCGAAGUCACAGUGUUGGAGGCCCCUUGCAGAAUAUUGACUUUACCCAGCGACCGUUUCAUGGCAUUUCAACAGUUAGUCUUCCAAACAGUCUGCAGGAAGUUGUGGAUCCUUUAGGGAAAAGACCCAAUCCUCCCCCUGUUUCUGUGCCCUACUUGAGUCCUCUAGUACUCCGUAAAGAACUUGAAUCUUUGCUAGAAAAUGAAGGUGAUCAGGUGAUUCAUACAUCUUCUUUCAUCAAUCAACAUCCAAUCAUUUUCUGGAACCUCGUUUGGUAUUUCAGACGUUUGGACCUUCCUAGUAACUUGCCAGGACUUAUCCUCACAUCUGAACAUUGUAAUGAAGGUGUACAGCUAUGCAUAACCUCCAAAAUAACAGAGGCCAAAACAGAUUCUGAAAAGAAAUCAUCUCUCCUGUCAGAGGAACAACAAGCAACAAGCGCUUUAGUAGAAACCAUCAGGCAGAGUAUUCAGCAUAAUAAUGUUCUUAAACCCAUCAACCUACUUUCACAGCAAAUGAAGCCAGGCAUGAAAAGACAAAGGAGUUUAUACAGAGAAAUCCUCUUCUUAUCAUUAGUGUCUCUAGGAAGAGAGAAUAUUGAUAUUGAGGCAUUUGACAAUGAAUAUGGAAUUGCAUACAAUAGUCUGUCUUCAGAGAUUCUUGAAAAGUUGCAGAAAAUUGAUGCUCCACCAAGUGCCAGUGUCGAGUGGUGCAGGAAGUGUUUUGGAGCGCCUCUCAUUUAAAUAGAGAUUCACUAGAAUUUUGACACACAAGGCUUGGAGAUUAGAUUUAAUCUGGAAACAUUCAAGGGUUUUUUUCCCCAAAUCGUAAGAACUGGUGAAUAUGGAAUUGAAGUAAUUCUUGAGGACAGUAUUUAAUGAAUUAUGAUUCAUACUGCAUCAUGUCGAAAUAUGAAAUGCCAUUUAAAUGUCCCAGGGCUUAUUAACAUUGAAGAUUUUCAACUCCUAAACUGCUUUUCUGCCUCUGUGGAAAACUACUUUGGGAUUCCUCAGUAUUUGUAGUAGUUUGAUAGAAAUAAUGAGGAACCAUAUUCAUUCUAGGCAUUAUUUAUAUUUGAAGUUACUGAGUUUGAGGAAUGGCAAAUUAAAUUUGCCUAACCUCCAAAAUGAAAUAUCUCAAUUACAAAAGCAACAUAGCCGGGCACGGUGGCUCAUGCCUAUAAUCCCAGCACUUUGGGAGGCUGAGCAAGGUGGGUGGAUCACUUGAGGCCGGGAGUUCGAGACCAGCCUGGCCAAAACGGUGAGACCCUGUCUCUACUAAAAAUACAAAAAUUAGGCGCGCCACUGUAGUCCCAGCUACUGAGGCUGAGGCAGGAGAAUCACUUGAACCCAGGAAGCAGAGGCUACAGUGAAUGGAGAUUACGCCACUGCAACUCUAGCUUGGGUGACAGAGUGAGACUGUCUCCAAAAAAAAAAGCAACAUAUUUGUGUAAGUGUGUAUAUGUGUACGGCUGUGCAGGUAUGUGUAUAUACAGCCAUAUUCUAAGUGUAUAUUUAUUAAAAUAGAUUGCAUGUUGCAAUACAAUUUUCUGAAAUUUUCUGAUUAUUAAAUGAAUGACUACUACUGAACUUGUAUGUAGUCAUUAAUCUUAAAAUUACCUGAAAAUCUGAUGACAGCUGCCUUCCCUGACUUUAAUGCAUUAGGUUGGGGCAAAAUUGUAGUUUUUGCCACUAUUAAUGGCAACUAUUAUUUUUGCACCAACAUAAUACACUUUUCAUAUUAUGUAUUAUCUUGCUUAAUGGAUUUUAUCUUGAUUAUCCAGUGACUUCCAUCCUCUUCCCAUAUCUUAAUUUGCAAUAGUUUUAAAAUUGGAACAAAUGAAUCAAUCAUCAGUUAAAAUGAAAUUAAAUCAGCUGCCUAAUAAUUUAUGAAAUUCAUUGGAACAUGCUUAAAAUGCUAAAGUGUAUGUCAUUAAACGUAAAAUCUUUGUUCAGGCACAUACCUUGUUGGUAUCGAUCACUUUUUAAAACCUGUGGGAUAAACUUGCACUGCACACAGAAGUUUUAUUCUUGUAUAAUAUUUAGAUUUGUAUGCUUGUGAGUAAAAAUGUGCAUUUGUAAAUACUGUUUUUUUUUUAGGUUGAAUCAAUUAAGUCUUAAAACUGUAAAUUUAUUAAGCUUGUUGUCAGUAGGUUUAAGAAAAUCAUGAUCUCACAUGCCUCACUUUGACAUUUAUCAUGCCUUUAUUAAAAAUAUCCCUUAGGAACAGUAAGUUUGCCUUAACUCUCUGCAUGGUUUUAAAAGCCAGUGGUUUUGUGAGUGUUUACAGUAAUUAUGCAGAUGGCUAAAUGAGUUGACACAGUAAAAUUACUUCCAUAUGGUACAGUAACAGCCUAACUCCCUUCUACCUGAUGUAACCAUUUACAAAUUGUAGUUAUUGUACCAGUCUUUCAACAUUUCAGGGUUAAUCUGACCUAUGCAGAAUUCUAGUGUGAAUUUAUUGUGAAAAUGCUAAAUUAAACAACUUGUCAGAAAUUAUGUACAAUUUUCAUUACCUUUAAUGGAUCUUUUGCACUGUCUCAGAGUAUAUAUUUUUGCAACUCAAGACUUGGUACUAGUUUUAAUACUUAAUACUUACUGACCCAACAGAAGUUUUGAAUUACCUUGCAUAUAAAAAUUGAGCUUGAAUAAAAUGAAAAAUUCUUAAGUUCGUUGUGUUUUGUUA